AUGGUCUUCCAUCAUGGCCCGCGCACGUUCCAGCCCGCGCACGUUCCAGCCCGCGCACGUUCCAGCCCGCGCACGUUCCAGCCCGCGCACGUUCCAGCCCGCGCACGUUCCUGCCCGCGCACGUUCCUGCCCCCGGCGCACGUUCCUGCCCCCGGCGCACGUUCCUGCCCCCGGCGCACGUUCCUGCCCCCGGCGCACGUUCCUGCCCCCGGCGCACGUUCCUGCCCCCGGCGCACGUUCCUGCCCCCGGCGCACGUUCCUGCCCCCGGCGCACGUUCCUGCCCCCGUCGCACGUUCCUGCCCCCGGCGCACGUUCCUGCCCCCGGCGCACGUUCCUGCCCCCGGCGCACGUUCCUGCCCCCGGCGCACGUUCCUGCCCCCGGCGCACGUUCCUGCCCCCGGCGCACGUUCCUGCCCCCGGCGCACGUUCCUGCCCCCGGCGCACGUUCCUGCCCCCGGCGCACGUUCCUGCCCCCGGCGCACGUUCCUGCCCCCGGCGCACGUUCCUGCCCCCGGCGCACGUUCCUGCCCCCGGCGCACGUUCCUGCCCCCGGCGCACGUUCCUGCCCCCGGCGCACGUGGGUGCCCCCGGCGCGCGUUCCUGCCCCCGGCGCGCGUUCCUGCCCCCGGCGCGCGUGGGUGCCCCCGGCGCGCGUGGGUGCCCCCGGCGCGCGUGGGUGCCCCCGGCGCGCGUGGGUGCCCCCGGCGCGCGUGGGUGCCCCCGGCGCACGUGGGUGCCCCCGGCGCACGUGGGUGCCCCCGGCGCACGUGGGUGCCCCCGGCGCACCUCCCUCCCCCUACCACACAUCUGAUUCACUGCCUCUUUCAUAA